AUGAAACAUCUAGUAACAGGCAAUCAAUUAACUGCAAGAAGGUCUUCAUCAUCCAUUGCCUUCCUUGUAGUGGUCUUACUCUCUACCAUGAUCAUCAUGUCCACAAAUUUUGUAAUCUUAACAAAUGGUUUCCAAAUGAGCCAGGAUAAAAUCGAUAAGAUUAAUUCCAAUCCGAAUUCAAAAUGGAAAGCCACACGAUAUGAAAAGUUUGAAACACAAGAGUGGAAGGAUUUUGUGAAGAAUCUUCCUCAAAUUGAUGAUUCAUUAGCAAAUUCUCCUUCAUCAUUUACCUCCAGAAUUGGAAAGAGACAUGUGUAUCAUCAAGAAAACAAUGAUGAUAUUCCAUUAACAUUUGAUGUGAGAGAGAAAUGGCCUGGGUGUGUAUUCCCAGCCAACAAUAUUAUGAGUUGCAGCGCAGUUGGCACAUUCACAAUUGUUGAUUCCAUUUCUGAUAGAUUUUGCAUUGCAACUGGUGGAAAAUUCAAGAAACUCCUCUCAUCUCAAUACAUGUUGGAAUGUGACAGAGACAGACAAGGUUGUCAAGGUGCAGUAGAAUCUAAUAUUUUUAGCUAUUUGGAAGGAAAUGGAACAACUACUGAGGAAUGUAUUCCAUAUAGCAGUGGAGGUGGUGAAGUGUUUGAUUCUUGUUCAACCCAAUGUAAAGAUGGAUCUCCAUUGAAAAGAUACAAGAUAAAGAAGGGAAGUGUUGGUUCAUUGGAUAUUAUCACAGACAUGCAAAGGGACAUUAUGAAAUAUGGUUCAAUUACUGCAGGAUUCAAGAUGUAUUUUGGAGUUUAUCAACAUUUGGAUCAAGAUAUUGGAUCUUUUUCAUCCACUAAAAUAAUUGGUUGGGGAGUUGCUGAAGACCAAACUCCAUAUUGGAUUUGUGUAUUUGAGUUUGGAACGGAUUGGGGAAAUAAUGGAAUGUUUUGGAUGUUGAGAGGUGCUGAUGAAUGUGGAAUUGAAAGUAGUGCAUGGAGUGCUCUACCAGAUAUUUCAAAUAUUUAA